AUGAGCAGCAGCAACAGUAGCAGGGCACGGCUUGCGCUCCAUCACUUGGAACUGGAACAGGCCCAAAAUGUGGAGCUGGCCACUGAGAAGCAGCAGCCGUGUGGACGUGCUGACAUAAAGCAUAAGAGUUUGAUAAGACAGCAAAAGGUGUCAGAUCUCACAGAUGGUAAAAGUAAGACAAGUCUAACUUAUGGAGUCUGCAGCAGAUUUGGGAUGGGAACUCCAGGUCUCCUGACUGUAAAUGCAGUGCUCCACUCCAAAUUUCCUGCAGAGAAUCAGUCAGGGGGAGAAGAAAACUUGCUGGCAAUUUUGAGGAGAAGAUGGUGGAAAUAUAUGAUCCUAGGCAUCAUAGAUCUAGAAGCGAAUUACCUGGUAGUCAAAGCUUACCAGUAUACUACACUGACUAGUGUACAGCUCUUGGACUGCUUUGUCAUCCCAGUAGUGAUACUCCUGUCCUGGUUCUUCCUGCUAAUCCGAUACAAGGCUGUGCACUUUGUUGGCAUUGUGGUCUGCAUUCUGGGAAUGGGCUGCAUGGCAGGAGCUGAUGUUCUUAUGGGAAGACAGCAAGGAGCAGGAGAAAACAAGCUGAUAGGAGACCUCUUGGUCCUAGGAGGAGCCACACUCUAUGGCAUCUCGAAUGUGUGGGAAGAAUACAUCAUUCGAACCCUGAGCCGGGUUGAAUUUCUAGGAAUGAUUGGACUCUUUGGUGCCUUCUUCAGUGGAAUUCAGCUGGCUAUAAUGGAGCACAAGGAGCUCUUGAAGGUGCCCUGGGAUUGGCAAAUCGGGCUGUUGUACGUUGGCUUCAGCGCCUGCAUGUUUGGCCUGUACAGCUUCAUGCCAGUAGUCAUAAAGAAAACCAGUGCAACAUCUGUCAACCUCAACCUCCUCACUGCAGACCUGUACAGCCUGUUCUGUGGAUUGUUUCUCUUCCACUACAAGUUUUCAGGACUUUACCUCCUCUCCUUCUUCACUAUCCUCGUCGGGCUGGUUCUCUACUCCUCCACCUCCACAUACAUAGCCCAGGACCCUCGGGUAUACAAGCAGUUUCGAAACCCAUCAGGAACUGUUGUAGACUUACCAGCCUCUGGGCAGGUGGAACCUUCAGUCACCUAUACCAGCCUAGGUCAAGAGAUGGAAGAAGAACCCCAUGUUCGAGUUGCCUAG